AUGGCGAUCCAGGGGAUGGAGCUUUGUGCCAUGGCAGUGGUCAUCAUCCUCUUCAUUGCCGUCCUCAAGCAGUUUGGGAUCCUGGAGCCGAUGUCGAUGGAAGACAGCGGCGACAGCGAGCUGGAGCUUUCGGCCAUCCGGCAUCAGCCAGAAGGGCUGGACCAGCUCCAGCUUUUGACCAAAUUCACCAAGAAGGAGCUGCAGUCCCUCUACAGAGGGUUCAAGAACGAAUGCCCCAGCGGCCUGGUGGACGAGGACACCUUCAAGCUGAUUUAUGCUCAGUUCUUCUCCCAGGGAGAUGCCACUAUGUAUGCCCAUUUCCUGUUCAACGCCUUCGAUGUGGAACGGAACGGAGCCAUCCGCUUUGAGGAUUUUGUGAUUGGCCUCUCCAUCCUGCUGCGUGGAACCGUGCGAGAGAAGCUGAGCUGGGCAUUCAACCUCUACGACAUCAACAAGGAUGGCUGCAUUACCAAGGAGGAGAUGUUGGCCAUCAUGAAGUCCAUCUACGACAUGAUGGGCCGUUACACCUACCCAGUCUUGCGGGAAGACGCUCCCUACGAGCACGUGGAGAGGUUCUUCCAGAAAAUGGACAGAAAUCAAGAUGGCGUGGUCACAAUCGAAGAGUUCCUAGAAACCUGUCAAACGGAUGAGAACAUCAUGAGCUCCAUGCAGCUGUUUGAGAAUGUCAUUUAGGGUGUGAAGGAUCCUGCGUCUCUCCUGAUCCACCUGCCUCCUUGGCUUGCACUCAGACGGAACCACCCGUCUUCCUCAUGAAGCACACACACAAGCAACCAAAAACUCUUUUUAUAUUCAGAGGACGGGGCACAGACCAAAAGGGGAGAGAUCCCUCUUGCUCGCAUGAGGCGCCGCAUUCCCACUCCAGGCGUCUCGGAACAGGAGGCAGGCCACACCGGUGGGAGAAAACCCAAGGGAAAGGCCGUUCCAAGGAGAAGUGGCACCUCCGCGCAGGGACAAAUGGCUCCAGCAGGCCGGCGAGGCAGGGCCCUCCUUUUCGAGCAUGAAUCAACGCCUCUCCCCCAACUCCUUUGUUAAGCCCAACCCUCACGCACCCCGGGCUUCAUGAACCGCAGAGGAACAUCCAAAAAAAUCUCUACGGAAGCCAGUGCAAACUCAUCCAUUUCUGUGGAAACUGCCCAGGAGAACUUGGGAGGAGGUUGUCCCCUGUGGCUCCAUCUUCGUCCAUCUGCCAUCUCUAAUGGCACUCACCUGGUGUCAGUUACCUGUCAGGCAAUGCUGCCUCCGCCCUGUGCCCACUGGGCAUUCCUGCUCCUGGUCCACCCCAGAAUGAACCCCGAGCAUCGGACAAGGUCCGCACUGCACAUUUUCCCACAGUCCCCUUUCAGCUAAAGUGAGAAGUGUGUCUUUCGCAAGGCAACCCGUGCUGAUCCCGCUCCCAAACGCCCUGCCCCGGGAGGCAGAGGGUGCUGAGAGAGGGUACCCCUGGCGCAACUCUGCAGGGCUGCGGAAGUGCCGGCGACCCUUGGUAGCUCUGCUGCUCUGCACUGUACUAGCUGUUUACACUGGCAGCUUCUUUGCAGCAAGAAUGCUCAACAAAUUCCUCUCCACUUAUUUUGUAUCGGGAUUUUACCCAGUUUUCACUUUCCAGGCUUGGAUGCAACCUGCAGCCAAAGUCUGCACAUUUUGAAGCUUUUAAUGUGAUUCAUGGACACUCCCCAAAUGGCCUUGGUAGCACUCAUGCAUUUAAAGGAAUGUGCAUGAAACAAAAUGCCUUUGACAAAUGCACACUAACACUCUGUAAACAAAUGGGAGAAAAAUGUGUGCAUUGCUAAGAUGAACACACUUGAUGUGCGCUUUUAGGGAAAUACGCAUGAAAGUAUGCACAAUUUGCGCAAAAAGGCAAAACCCAACACGACACAAGAUGCAACUGGUUUCAGGGGUGGAAUUUAGAGCCUUCAGCGGAAAACGUUGGGGAGGAGCACGGCCCUCCUCCGCAAACACCCUGCUGGAAGGAAAGCAAGGGCCACUUUCUUUUUUAUAACCUCCUUUUCUACCCAUGCCAAUGGGUUCAUGCUGGCUAACAAUAACAGGAACCAAAUUUAGAAUAAAGACUUGGUUCAAGCGAUCACCAAAAAACCAUUAAAAUGCCAUCGGAAAACACCAACAGGAAGAGCAUGAAAAGAGCACCUGACGGGCCAGCUUACAUGCCAAAGGACUGCUUGAAAAAAGGCCCCUCUGCAGUCUCCAGGUGACUAGCAGGGAGGGAACUCCCUCGCCUCCUUCAGCAACCAGAACUGCAUCCUAGAAACAGCCCCCAAAAAGACGCCUCAGGAUGCCAGCGUCAUCGGGCGAAUCUGGCCCCAGUGUCCCAUGCAAGGGACUUCAGAGCCCCUGCCCCCAAGCGGCCCCGCUUCCCACAUCAACUUCUCUGCUCAAGGGCCUCUGGGCAUUUGCAGAGGGCUCCAGGGUGCGUUAAGAUGCCUGUCCCACGGAGGGAGGUGGCCGGUGGUCUGACCAGCGUCCUGCGUGGACUGACCACGUGCCCUGCCCGUCCUCCAGGAAGUGCUGCGAAAAGCACAGGGAGGAGAGCCGUCCCCCCGAGAGUCCAGGCCGCCCGUCACAGAUGCUCCUGCCACCCCGUGGGCUUCACAGAAUGGGGGGGGGAUGGGGGGCUUCAGCGCCCUCCCAUCCAUCAGCUCCUGGCCCACAACCGGCCUGCUGGCCUGCUUGAUCGGGAGAGAGCCACAACGCGUCGCAAAACAGGGAUCUGUGCAAAUCACGGCAGGUUUCCUUCUCUCUCCCCUUUUUCUUUUACAAGUUACUGCUGCACACCAGCAUCUACCCCCAUGAAUUCAAUUAAGUGGGGGGGGGGGAGAACCAGGUCCACGAAGGUUCACAGCAGGGCAUGCGCUCUUGGGCAAGUGUAGACGGCGAACAGGCCUACAACGCCAAGCACGUUCCAGCCAGCCUCUUCUCUGCACGGGAUGGUGCCUUUAACCUCCUUUGUGUUACCUAGUGACACAGUGACAGUGACACAGUGACACCUAGUGACUUAGGAAGGGAAGGAACGAAACUGGGAGAACAUUGGCCAAAUCCUGCCUUGCAGUGGCUUGUACAAAGUGUGUCCGCUGAAGAUGCUGAUUGGCAACUCACAAAUGUUUUCGUAGCCACUGCAGGAACAAGAUCAUUCAAAGCACCCCCACAAAUCCCAGGAGAAAUUCGGGGGGGGGGUCACUGGAGCGCCGAUGAAAGCCACCUUCCGGCCCCAUUUUCCCCAACCGUGAUGGAACGUGGCCCUUGAACGGGGGCAUGCGUGCCCCCUGAUUUGUUGAUGACACCGUUUCCCCACAUCCUGCUUCCUGCUCUCUCGAGACCCGGACAGCAGACGGCCUUCUGUCCCCACCUCUUCUCCCUGCUCCAGUUGCUACCCAGGCUACAAAGCGUGGUCAGAAGCCCCCUCCCACGGACUCCCCACAUCCUUCUCAAGAUGACGCGAGUCUGCACCUGACGCUCCCCGAGUCAGCGCAUGUGCCGAACGAGGAACGGCCACACCUCCCGCCCCAAGCCCCUUCUGCUCCAGCUGCUCCUCAGCUUCUGCUCACAGCACAACCUGGGAAGACAGUUGCUGCUCCUUCUUCUCUGCAGCUACGUGAUAUUCCAUCACUGUAUAUUUUAAUAAAAUAAACCAAA